AUGGCCCAUUGGAACAAGGAUCGCAUCAGAGAACCUUGGGGAGUGCAACAGGGACAGGGGUAUCCCCCAUUCUAUACUACCCUCGGCGCAGAGCCGACGCCUGGACACUCUCAGCCAUAUGCCCAACCAGUCGUUCAGCCGCAGUACGAUCCACAAUCAUCUGCAAACCAAAAAACACCCUUCGACGACGGUCGGUUUGAGCCGAAGAAGCAGGUCAACGACAUUCUCUUCCUGGUCCUUUUCAUUCUGCAGUUUGCCGGGUUUGUGGCGCUUUCAGGAAUUGCCCUCUCAGGAUACGUGUCAAAUAACGGGCUUGGGGGUGGUGUAGGCAAUGGCUCCCAGGUUGGCUCGUCGGUGACCCUCAAUCGCCAUACUGCCUACCUUCUGUUGUUUGUCACUGCGGCAGCUCUUGUCUUAUCUAUAGCCUACUUGAUCCUCGCACGCAUCUUUACACGGGCCUUGAUGCACAUCACUCUCGUUUUGUCUAUAAUACUCAACAUCGCCAUUUGCGUUUAUUACUGGAUUACUGGCUACUAUUCUGGUGCCAUCAUAUUCACUAUCAUUGCCUUGAUUUCGAUCUUUGCCUAUUUUGGCUUUAGGUCCCGCAUUCCAUUGGCGUCCCUUCUCCUGCAAGUAGUAAUGGAUAUAUCCAAACAUCACAAGAGCGUCUACGUCGUCGUCUUCAUCGCCUUGAUUUUGCAAGCUGCUCUAACCGUGUGGUUUUCCUAUACACUGAUUGCGAUGCAAGUAUACACGAAAUGGACACCUGGCAACCCAAGUUGCGACAACGGAACGUCUUGUUCUGGAAGUACUGUGGCAGGCCUAGUAUUCUAUGCAAUAUUUUCGUACCUCUGGACAUCUCAAGUCAUCGGUAAUGUCGCCUUAGCCACUCUUGCUGGUGGACCGUACGGAAACUGGUAUUACUUCGGACCUCGAGAGCAGCAAUUGAUGCCAAAGCAUCCAACCCUUAGCGCAUUUGGACGCGCUUCAACGCUUUCUCUUGGGUCAAUAGCAUUUGGAUCCCUGAUUGUCACUAUUUUGGAAAUUGUUCGCCUUAUCCUAAAUGCUGCGAGGAACAAUGCAAAUGCGCAAGGAAGUUUCGUAGAAGCAUGUCUUGCUUGUUGCGCAGAGUUCUUCGUUGGGUGUAUCGAAGGACUGGUAAGGUACUUCAAUAGAUAUGCCUACAUCGAGAUUGCGCUCUAUGGAAAACCUUACAUUAAAGCAGCAAAAGACACUUGGACCAUGUUCAUGGAUCGUGGAAUUGAUGCGCUUGUCAACGAUUCAUUGGUCGGCAUGACUUUGACGUGGGGGGCGUAUGCCAUUGGGCUUCUAUGCUCACUCUUUGGGUAUCUCUACCUGCGCCUGACACACCCUGCAUAUAACGCCGAUGGACAGUACACAGCACCGGUUGUCUUGUUUGGAUUCAUCAUUGGACUGCAAUGCUCGAUGACAAUGUCCGCUGCCAUAGAGGCAGGAGUGUCUACUAUCUUCGUAGGUCUCGGAGAAGAUCCACAAGUAUUAGCUGCACGCGCACCUGACCUAUUCAGGCUCAUUGCUCUUACUUAUCCUCGUGUCGUUCAAGGGGUACCGAGGGUUUGA